AUUCCGGAAUUUGAAACAAAGCCUGUUACAAACUGCCCAGAGGGAGCCAUGGCUGCAGAGAACCCCAUGGAAAGGCUCCAGGAGGAAGCGACAUGUCCCAUCUGUCUGGAGUAUUUCACAGAACCUGUCACUCUGGAGUGUGGGCACAAUUUCUGCAGAGCCUGCAUCAGCCAGUGCUGGGAGGGAUCCGAUACAGCCGCCUCCUGCCCUCAGUGCAGAGAAAUUGUGCAACAGGGAAACCUCAGGCCCAACAGGCAGCUGGCAAAUAUCCUAGAACUCUUCAAUUUACAGGCGGCAAAAGGAGCAGGAGGGGACGGGGUGUGUGAGAGACACCAGGAGGCUCUGAAACUGUUCUGUGAAGCGGAUCAAACCCCCAUCUGUGUGGUGUGCGACAGAUCCCGGGCUCACCGCACUCACACGGUGGUCCCCAUCGAGGAGGCUGCCCAGGAGUACAAGGAAAGAGUCCAGUCCCAUUUGAAAACUCUGAGGGAAGAGAGAGAAAAGGUGCUGGGAUUGAAAGCGACUGGAGAGAGGAAUUGCCGGGAAUAUCUGAAACAAACACAAACCGAGAGGCAGAAGAUUGUAUCUGAAUUUCAGCAAUUGCAGGAGUUCCUGGAGGAAGAAGAGCGACUCCUGCUGGCCCAGCUGGAGAAGCUGGACAAGAAGAUUGUGAGGAUCCAGAAUGAAAAUGUCAGUAAACUCUCCGAGCAGAUUUCCCAUCUCAGUGAGCUGAUCAGUGAGAUGGAGGGGAAGUGUCAGAAGCCAGUGAGUAAAUUCCUACAGGAUGUCAGAACCACCUUGAGCAGGUAUGUGGCUCCCUCGCACUCCACAAUGCUGGGAAAGAGCUUGAUGAUGAGGGUAGCACCGCAUCUCCCCGGGGCUCUACAGCAAAAUGUGUGGGGAGAUCCCAUGUUGGAUACAAAUCUCUCUGAUCAACUUCAUCCUGGGCUGCUAACUCUUAAGCUAGCUUUAAAGGGGCGUUACUGCGCCUGCGCGAUUUUUCGUUUCGCUUUUGGGAUCUUCCGCUGCUGCUGGCCCCGUUCCUCGCUUCUCCUGCGGCGCCACGUGGCUGCUGCGGGCGCCUGGCUCGGGUGCGGGGGCCUUGGCUUGCUCGUUUGGGGGCUGCCGACUGCCCCCCCGUCCCAUCCUGCGCUCACCACCAGCCCGUGUCUGCCGCUGGCUCCCUGCAGAAGCAGAGAGAACAGAAGCCCAGAGAUCACAGCAGCCAUGGCCUCAGGGACUCCUGUACGGGAAAUCCAAGAGGAAACCAGCUGUCCCAUCUGCCUGGAAUAUCUGACGGACCCAGUCACCAUACAGUGCGGGCACAACUUCUGCCGAGGCUGCAUCUCUCAGUACUGUGAGACAUGGGAAGAGCAGGACUCUGACCCCUUGUGCUGCCCCAGCUGCAGAGCCCGAAUCCGGAAAGGGGCUUUCCAGAGUAAUUAUCAGCUAGCAAAUAUAGAGGAAAAAAACAAACAAAUGGAUUUCAAACAAGGAAAAGAGAAUCUGUGUGAGAGACACGGCAAAGCCUUGGAUCUGUUCUGUGAAGAGGACGGGGAAGCCGUGUGCGUGGUUUGUGAGAGAUCCCUGGAGCACAGAUCUCACACGGUGCUUCUCAUGGAUGAUGCUGCCCAGAAAUACAAGGAAAGAAUCCAGGCCCAUUUGAAAACUCUGAGGGAAGAGAGAGAAAAGCUGCUGGGAUUGAAAGCGACUGGAGAGGGGAAUAGCCGGGAAUAUCUGAAACAAACACAGACCGAGAGGCAGAAGAUUGUGUCUGAAUUUCAGCAAGUGCAGCAGUUCCUGGAGGAACAAGAGCGACUCCUGCUGGCCCAGCUGGAGAAGCUGGACAAGGAGAUUGUGAGGAUCCAGAAUGAAAAUGUCAGUAAACGCUCCGAGCAGAUUUCCUGUCUCAGUGAGCUGAUCAGUGAGGUGGAGGGGAAGUGUCAGAAGCCAGCGAGUGAAUUCCUACAGGAUGUCAGAACCACCAUGAGCAGGUGUGAGAUGGGGAAGUUCCAGCAGCCAGAGGAGAUUUCUCCUGAACUGGAAGAGCGAGUCAGUGGUUUCUCCCAGAAAACGAUUGUGCUAUUGGAGAUUCUGGGGAAGUUCAAAGACACUCUGCCGUCUGAACUGGAGAGAAAAAGAGGAGAAUCAUUUGGAGCACACAGACAGGCGAAUGUGACUCUGGAUCUAGACACGGCUCAUCCCAACCUCGUCCUGUCUGAGGAUCGGAAAAGUGUGAGAUGGGGAGACACGCGGCAGCAACUGCCCAACAACCCUGAGAGAUUUGACUAUUGGUCCUGUGUGCUGGGCUGUGAGGGAUUCACCUCGGGGAGACAUUGCUGGGAGGUGGAGGUGGGGGGUGGGCGAUACUGGGCUGUGGGGGUGGCCAGAGAGUCUGUGGGGAGGAAGGGACUGAUCAACCUUGGCCCUGAGGGGGGGAUCUGGGCUGUGGAGUGGGGGGGUCAGUUCCAGGCUCUCACCUCCCCUGAGACCCCCCUGCCCCUGAGCCGGUUCCCCAGCAGGAUCCGGGUUUGUCUGGACUGUGACCGGGGGCAGGUAACCUUUAUCGAUGCUGGUGACGAGGCCCCGAUCUUCACUUUCCCGCCGGGCUCCAUCCCUGGGGAGAGAAUCCGACCCUGGCUCUGGGUGUGGCCGGGAUCCCAGUUCAGAUUGUGUCCCUGAGACACACAGCAGAACUGGAAAUCAGCCUGUCUAGCCACACACAGCCUAGUCUCUAUGACCUUGGAGGACUCCCAUCUAUCCAACCUCUGGCUCCUCAUCUGUAUGGCCCCUGGAAGCACUCCCCUGCCCUAUCUGCAGCCCCAGGGAUGGGAGGGGGAAGAACCCCUGGAGCUACAGGAGGGGCCCUGAGGGGUAGAGGUGGGGACUGGGCAGGGGGUGGCACUAACAGCCGGGCAGGAGGCAGGCGGAGGUGGGGGUGGCAGGGACACAGCAUGAAUCAAUCAGGGUUUGGGGGUUGGGGAGAAGCAGCAGCAGCAGGGAGCGUUUUGUACAGAUCUGUGUCCUUAGAUCUCACUGGGGGCUCCCAGCCCGGGAUCAGCAUGAGGGGAAGGGAUAAGAUCAGGGAAAGAAGAGAGCAGCCGCGGGGGAUGAUCUGUGACAGGGAAAUAAACAGGGAAGGAAAUUGAGACUAGAACAAUGAUGAAUAGAAAAGGACAGUAUGGAAGGAAAGGGAACGUGAGCGGGACGGGGAGAUUUAUUACAUGUUACUGAAAGUUAGACUGUGACUCAUUAAUUCCCUGUAUUAAUUCCUGGCCAUUGGUGCUAUCUUAGUGCCAUAAAGAAAACUGUUCUCAGUAGUUGGGGAUCUCCUGGCUGUGCUGUGGUUAUUAAAGCUUCUUCUUAGCUCCUUUUACUUUGCUACUUUCCAGCUACUUACUGUAAAUAAAACAUUACAAAGAA